GCACAUGAAGACUCUGACCCUAGUUUGACUGGCCUUUUUUCACCAUGGGGGAGCUCUUCCGAAGUGAAGAAAUGACCCUUGCACAACUUUUUCUUCAGUCUGAAGCAGCUUACUGCUGUGUCAGUGAAUUGGGAGAACUCGGGAAGGUCCAGUUUCGAGAUCUAAACCCUGAUGUGAAUGUGUUCCAACGUAAAUUUGUUAACGAAGUCCGAAGAUGUGAAGAGAUGGACAGGAAGCUCAGAUUUGUGGAAAAAGAGAUUAGAAAGGCCAACAUUCCCAUCACAGACACUGGAGAGAAUCCAGAAGUGCCAUUUCCCCGAGACAUGAUUGAUUUGGAGGCAAACUUUGAGAAAAUAGAAAAUGAGCUCAAGGAGAUCAACACCAAUCAGGAAGCACUGAAAAGGAAUUUCCUAGAGCUAACAGAGUUGAAAUUCAUACUGCGAAAAACUCAGCAGUUUUUUGAUGAGGCUGAAUUGCAUCAUCAGCAGAUGGCGGAUCCUGACCUGUUGGAGGAGUCCUCAUCACUGUUGGAACCGAGUGAAAUGGGAAGAGGAGCCCCACUGCGCUUGGGAUUUGUGGCUGGAGUGAUCAACCGUGAGCGAAUCCCAACCUUUGAGCGGAUGCUGUGGAGGGUGUGUCGCGGAAAUGUUUUCUUACGACAAGCUGAAAUUGAAAAUCCUCUUGAGGACCCAGUAACGGGUGACUAUGUGCACAAGUCUGUGUUCAUUAUUUUCUUCCAAGGUGACCAGCUGAAAAACAGAGUCAAGAAGAUCUGUGAAGGAUUCCGGGCUUCUCUGUACCCCUGUCCAGAAACUCCACAGGAAAGGAAGGAAAUGGCUGCUGGAGUAAACACAAGGAUUGAUGACCUUCUGAUGGUACUGAACCAAACUGAAGAUCAUCGGCAGAGGGUUCUUCAGGCUGCUGCAAAGAAUGUCCGUGUCUGGUUCAUAAAGGUGCGCAAGAUGAAAGCCAUUUACCAUACUCUGAAUCUCUGCAACAUUGAUGUGACUCAGAAAUGUCUCAUUGCUGAAGUCUGGUGUCCUGUUGCUGACCUUGACUCCAUUCAGUUUGCCCUCAGGCGUGGUACGGAGCAUAGUGGAUCCACUGUUCCCUCUAUCCUGAAUAGGAUGCAAACCAACCAGACUCCACCUACAUACAACAAGACCAACAAACUCACUGCUGGGUUUCAAAACAUUGUAGAUGCUUAUGGCAUUGGAACUUAUCGUGAGAUUAAUCCAGCUCCAUACACAAUCAUAACCUUCCCAUUCUUAUUUGCUGUGAUGUUUGGAGAUUUUGGCCAUGGCAUUCUUAUGACACUUCUUGCUGUCUGGAUGGUGAUCAGAGAGAGCCGCAUUCUAUCACAAAAGAGUGAUAAUGAGAUAUUCAACACUAUUUUCAGUGGCCGCUACAUUAUACUGCUGAUGGGUUCUUUCUCCAUUUACACUGGUCUGAUCUAUAAUGACUGUUUCUCCAAGUCACUCAAUAUGUUUGGCUCAUCCUGGAGUGUCCGGCCAAUGUUCCAGAAAUCCAACUGGACAGAAGACCUUCUCCGGGAGUAUCCUAUGCUUCAGCUCAAUCCUGCCAUUGAUGGCGUCUUUGGUGGAGCAUAUCCCUUUGGCAUUGAUCCGAUCUGGAAUAUUGCCACCAACAAGCUGACGUUCCUUAACUCCUUCAAAAUGAAGAUGUCAGUAAUUCUGGGCGUCACCCACAUGCUGUUUGGUAUCACACUUAGUCUGCUGAACCAUAUCUAUUUUAAGAAACCUCUGAACAUCUUCCUUGGGUUUAUCCCUGAAAUUAUCUUCAUGUCAUCAUUAUUUGGAUAUUUGAUCAUCCUUAUCUUCUAUAAGUGGGCAGCAUACAAUGCUAAGAACUCCAUGCAUGCGCCAAGUCUUCUUAUCCACUUCAUCAACAUGUUCCUCUUCUCCUAUGAUAAAGAUACCAUCAUGCUUUAUAACGGGCAGAAAGGUCUUCAGUGCUUCCUGGUAGUAGUAGCGUUUCUAUGUAUCCCAUGGAUGCUGGUUGCUAAGCCCUUGGUUCUUCGCCAACAAUAUUUGCAAAGAAGACACUUGGGGACACUCAAUUUUGGUGGGAUCCGUGUAGGCAAUGGGCCAACUGAGGAAGAUGCCGAAAUAAUCCAGCAUGACCAGCUCUCCACCCAUUCAGAGGAGGGUGAAGAGCCUGCCGUGGAGGAGGUGUUUGAUUUUGGGGAUACUGUUGUCCAUCAGGCCAUCCAUACCAUUGAAUACUGCUUGGGAUGCAUCUCCAAUACAGCCUCAUACCUGCGUCUCUGGGCGCUCAGCCUAGCUCAUGCACAGCUUUCUGAAGUCCUCUGGACCAUGGUGAUCCACUUGGGGCUCAAUAUCAGGAUCUUUGCUGGUAGUUUGGCCUUGUUCUUUCUAUUUGCUGUCUUUGCUACUCUAACAGUGGCCAUCUUACUGGUCAUGGAGGGUCUUUCAGCUUUCCUGCAUGCCCUCCGUUUGCACUGGGUGGAAUUCCAGAAUAAAUUCUACAUGGGUACCGGGUUCAAGUUUCUCCCUUUCUCAUUUGACAGCAUCCGUGAUGGGAAGUUUGAUGAAUAAUCAUCUUGGAGGCCUAGUGCCUGGAAGUGUGGCAGUAAAUCCAUUCUCCUGCAUGUGUGCACAUAUAUGUCUGUCUGCAUGAGUGAUAAUCUGAAGUUGUGUAGUUUUCCUGUUGUGUCUGCAAUCUGCUAGUGAUAAUAAUUUGGUUUUUCAUUCAAGCUUUUUAUUGAAAGAAGAAGGGCCUGAGGGAACUCACAGAAUCCCAGGGGUGGUGCUAGCAAAUAUUAAAUUGUAAUUUUGGCAGGCCUUGGGAUGGGUCUGUGUCCUUUGGUUGUGUACCAGAAGUGCUGAGAGACAAAUGUUCAUGACCAUGGAGGAGCACGUCCUGGUGGUCUGCAGCUGUCUUGUUCCUAAAAACCAUUGUAGCUAGAGGAAAGAAAUCCAAGUUUCUAGUCUUAUGCGCUGCUUUAGAUGUGGGGAAACACCUGUAUUACAUACACUUGUUCUGGCAGCUUGAUGAUUAAAAGGGGCUCAAUUAAUCAUCCAUCCAACAUGCACACUUUCCUUCCAGACUUUGAAAAGGGCAUGCUUAUAAAGUAGAUUUGCCCAGUACAAAAGUUGCAGUCCAAAAGAAAGUCCAGUUUGCAGUAGCCUGCCUAAAUGCUGGUACUCCUGCUGUGUUUUUUCUCAAUUAAAUCAUGUCCAAGAGGGGGAAAGUGGCACUGGAGAGGCCCUUCACCAUCAUUUGACAGACAUUCCAGGCAGUUUGCCUCUGAGCAGGACUCUCCCAUGUUGUAAAUUGAAUUUUAUCCCCAGAAACCUCUUUCCGGUAACAUUUGAGGUGUGAGCUAGGAAAUUUGGAUGGGAAGCAAAUAGCUUUCUGGAAAAGUGACCCCAAAUAACCUUACAUCUUGGCAUUGUCAGAAAAAUCUUUCCCUGGAUGAGAGCAGGCAGGGGAGGGGCUUUCUUGCUCACCCUGUUAUAUAGCCGCCCUCUGUUUGGCUCCACAUGAUUAAUUAAUAAGGAAACUUUUAGUAACACUGCCUAAAACUCUAAACAGCUUGUUUUGUUCAAACAAAACUGAGGAUCUUUCACCUCCAGGAAGUUCCCACAUAACCCUGCCAUCCAUUACCCACUGUGGGGGAAAACUCUUGCCGUUCAGCUGCUCUUGACACUUCUGCAGCUGAACAGUUCAAGAGGGUGUGGUAGUUUGCUAGCUGCUGCAGCAGCAUAUAUGUUCUUAGGAAAGGCUUCCCUUGAAAAUAGGAACGGCCUGGGGAGUAACAGCUGCCUUCUGCUUGUGCCUGUCCUGGUGCAGGAAUGAAUCUAGUAUUGUACGUCUCUGUAAGAUGUAAAUUUAUGUUGUGAGUGUUGUGUUGUGUAACAUAAAUGUGUAGUUUUCUGAAAGUGUCUCACGUGGAGACCUCAGGGCACUUUCAUUGGCACUUAAGGCAUGAGCCUUGAUUUGAUGUGUUAACCUCAUGGGAAGGUGCAAAAACAGCACUUCUUAUUAGAGACUCUGAAAUUCUGGCUGUUGCUGUUGUGUAAAAUGCAAAAAGCCUGUUUUGGACAACUAUAAUAUGCAGUAAAGUUUUUCCCUAUUUUCCUCAUUAGCUAAUUGCUGUAUCUAUUAAAGCAGUUGGAGUCACCUGCAA